CUGCUGAUUUCUGCAGAAUCGUGACCCUCCCCGCUCCAGCCAUUCACGCCAUCACCGGAAAACAGAGUGAUUUGACGACACAUAUUAUCAUCACAGAAAAGUUACUAACAUCAAAUCAAAGAUGAAGAUUAUGGUGGCAAUCAAGCGAGUAGUAGAUUACGCCGUCAAAAUCAGAGUCAAACCCGACAAGACAGGUGUGGAGACGCAGAACGUGAAGAUGUCGAUGAACCCUUUCUGCGAGAUCGCGCUCGAAGAAGCUCUUCGGAUUAAGGAGGCUAAACUGGCCUCGGAGGUCGUGGCGGUAAGUAUGGGGCCCUCUCAGUGUAUGGAUACGUUGAGAACGGGUCUUGCGAUGGGUGCAGAUAGGGGCAUUCAUGUGGAGUUCAACGAAACUCUUUACCCACUUUCUGUGGCUAAGAUUUUAAGGUCGCUUGUGGAGGUUGAAAAACCUGGACUUCUAAUUCUUGGUAAACAGGCCAUUGAUGAUGAUUGCAAUCAAACAGGGCAGAUGAUAGCAGGCCUCCUCAACUGGCCACAAGGCACUUUUGCUUCGAAGGUUAUCCUUGAUAAGGAGAAACAGGUAGCUACGGUGGACAGAGAGGUAGAUGAUGGUAUUGAGACCCUCUCUUUGAAUUUACCAGCAGUAAUCACCACUGAUCUGAGACUGAACCAGCCAAGGUAUGCGACACUUCCCAAUAUAAUGAAAGCGAAAUCAAAGCCCAUAAAGAAGUUCACUCCACAGGAGUUGAAUGUGGAAAUCAGAUCUGAUUUGGAGGUGCUUCAAGUUACAGAACCUCCCAAGAGAAAAGCCGGGAUACUGGUUUCUUCUGUGGAUGAACUGAUUGACAAGCUAAAAAAUGAAGCUAAUGUCAUCUGAUAAUUCUCUGCUUGUUAGCUUCAGCUCAGUUACUGCUUGUUGUAGCGUAAAUACUAAUCCAUCAUGCAUUGAGACUUCAAAAAAAUUGUGUUUUAACCUGAUGUGUGGAAUGCCCUUAUUAGAUGUGACAUUUGAUAUUACAUAUGAAUGCUUUAGGUUUUAUUGUGAUAUGGUUGCGAAGAUGAUGAUGAAAACAGAUUAUUAGCUGUAAAAGUUCAAAUAAAGUUAUCCUCUCUUUAAAUGCUAGAAA